AUGAGUAGAUACUUCACGUCUCGUGUAGUUACCCUCUUUUUAAAAAAAUUUCGCCCAGUUCCUCUCUUUCGUGUUUCUUUUUCAUCUGUUCUUUUUGUUUUUUUCCUCUCCUCCCCUUACUUUUCCUCUCCUCCUCCUCCUGCUUUCGUUUGCUUUCCGUUCAGUUACUUUAUUUCUUUUUCUUCCUUCUUAUCUUUUCAUUUUGUUCUUCCUCUCCUUCUUUUCCUUUUCUCCCUCUCAUUUUUCUUCAUCUGCUUCCUCUCCCUUUCUUAUUGUUCUUUGUCAUCUUUAUUUUCUUUCCCGGCUUUAACGCUUCCACCACCGCCUGCUCUCUUCCUUUUCUUCAUUUCAUCUUUCUCCGUCUCCUUCCUCUUUUUUUUCUACUACUACUACUACUACUACUACUUCUUUCUCAUCUGUUCCUUUUUUUAUUAUUUUUCCACACCUUCUCCCCACUUCAUUUCCUCUUUUUCCUCCUACUUUGCUUCUUCUUCCUUUUUGUUUUCUUCACUUUCCUUUCAUUCUUCCCCAUUCGAUUGCGUUCUUUCCUUUAGCUUUCUUCGUCAUUUUGAUUCUUCCUCUGCCUCUCUUUCUCUUUCGUUUCUUCUUCUCUUUCUCCCCUAUACAUCAGCUUGUUUCUUUGUGAAAGGUGAAAAGAAGAAAGAUGAGAAGAAGAAAACAGCGGAAGGGUGGGGGCGGGAAAAAACGGGUUCUUUUCCUACUUCCCUUCUUCUUCCCACCCUUAACUUUUUUUCUUCUUCUUCUUCUUCUUCUUCUUCUUCUUCUUCUUCUUCUUCUGUCCUCCUCCUUCUACUUUCUUUCUUUCCUACUUUUUCUUUUUUUCUAGUUUUUACUUGUCAUCUUUCCUUGCUCUUCUUUUUCUUUCUGCCUUUCUCCUCUUUCAUUCUUCCUCGCUUUCAUCAAACUUUUCUUUUGACCUCCCUUUCUUCUUCUUCUUCGCCUUCUUCUUCUUCUUCUUCUUCUUCUUCUUCGCCUUCUUCUGGCCUUCUUUUUCUACUUUCUUUCCUUCUUUUUCUUUUUUUCUUCUUCUUACUUGACAUCUUUCUUAGCUCUUCCUUUUCUUUUUCUAUUUCUCUUCUUUCAUUUCUUCAUUGCUUUCAUCUAUCUUUUCUUUUGACCUGCCUUCAUUUCUUCUUCUUCUUCUUUUUCUUCUUCUUUUUUCUUCUCCCCUCCUUCUUUUACUUUCUCUCUUUUUUUUCUUUUUUUCUCUAUUUUCUACUUAUUCUUCCUCAUCGUUUUUUACAUGCCUUCAUCUUCUUUGUAUUUCUCUCUCACGCUCUUCUAGCAUUUCUUUCUCUCUUUCAUUUCACUUUUUCUCCUAUUUCAUUUUCCUCCUUUUCAUCCACAUUUUCUGCCAUCCUAUUCCUCUUUCCUUCACUUUUAAUUCCUCAUCUUCCUCUAUUUCUCACCUUCUUCUCCUUCUUUCUUUCUUUCUUUCUUUUUCCUGUCGUUAUUUUCACCUCUCUCUCUUUCUCCCCUCUCUCUCUCCCUCUCUCUCACUCACUCUCUUUCAUUCCUUCUCUUUCAUCUACAUUUUCUGCCCUCCUAUUCCUCUUUCCUUCACUUUUACUUCCUCAUCUUCCUUUAUUUCUCACCAUCUCCUCCUACUUUCUUUCUUUCCUUUUCCUGUCGUUAUUUUCCUCUCUCUCUCUCUCUCUCUCUCUCACUCACUCACUCACUCAUUCACUCUCUUUCAUUCCUUCUCUUUCAUCUACCUUUUUCUGUUCUUCCUCUACGCUUACUUCCUCUUCUUCCUCCCUUCCGCCUGCUAUUUUCUUUCUUUCUUUUUCCUGUCGUUAUUUUCACUUCUCUUUGACAUCUUUUUCUUCCCCGCCUCUCUCUCUCUUUCAGUUGUUUCUCUCUUUCAUUUACCUUCUGUCCUUUCUAUACCCUUUCUUUCUAUUUCUCCUCCUCGUGUUCAUUUCCUUUCUUCUUUGGAACUUUUUGUCCAAUCUCUAA